AUGCUUCUUAUAUCCGAGGACAAGCACGAACCGCGGUAUAAAUUGCUUGUCUUCGGUCUCGACUUCGACAAGCCACAGGUCCCCAUGUCCUUCAUGGGCUCUCUGACUCCCAUUGCUGCUACUAUGACUGACACUUCAAAGGCGAUCGACUUGAUGAACGCGACCUAUGUGCAAAUUGCGGUUACAGGUCGCUCCGCUGCUUUCGAUGACUUUUCCGGGAUUGACUUUCCUCCCGCAGCGUUGGUAGUGUAUGACCACAUCCUCACCUUCAACGCCGAGCUCUGCACGAUAUGGCAGCGCAAGCUAACCAUAAUGUCUGCCCUUCUCCUUUCGAUGCGAUACUGCUUGUUGCUGCAGGCCGCCAUCCUGCAUAUCACGACGAAUGCUACGAGGCACGUAUUCCGUCUGGUUAUUUUGCCUGCUUUAACACCGGUCCACGCAGCUGUGGUCCCCUAA